UAGAAUCAUUUUGUUAUAAUUGAUGACGAGCUCCGAUUUAGGUGAGUCCACGUCGCGACUUCAACCUGCCAGGCUCAGUCCGAUAAGAGCCAGUUUCCAGUCAAAAUGGUUGCCAUAGUCAAAGUCCUCCAAGGAGCCUUGGAGGGAACCCAGGGGAAGGAUUAUGAUGGCAAUGACGUCUACAAGUUCCUUGGGAUCCCCUAUGCAAAGCCCCCAGUUGGCGAGCUGAGGUUUCGAGAGCCUCAACAGCCGGACUCUUGGGUCGGAGUGCGUGAGGCUGUGGAGGACGGAAGCGCUUGCUUCCAUAAGAACGACUUCAUCCAGCAAUACGAAGGCUCAGAGGACUGUUUGUAUUUAAAUGUCUUCACUAGAGAGCUGCCGCAGGAUGGAAGCUAUAAUCUAAAGCCCGUAAUGGUGUGGAUCCAUGGCGGUGGAUUUACUGGAGGCUCCAACUCCAGCCAAGUUUAUGGCCCAGAUUUUCUUUUAAUGGAAGACGUGGUUCUAGUGUCGAUCAAUUAUCGGUUCGGGCUUCUAGGUUUUUUGCGCUUAAAGGAUCCAGCGUUUAAUAUUUCUGGAAACAUGGGAUUCAAGGAUCAAGUGCAGGCGUUACGAUGGGUUCGGGCAAAUAUACAGCAAUUCAAUGGAGAUCCCGAAAAUGUCACGUUGUUUGGAGAAAGCGCUGGAUCAGCUUCCGUCCAUUUCCAUGUUCUAUCGCCAAUGUCCCGGGAUUUGUUUCAUAAGGCGAUUUUGCAAAGUGGGGCGGCUUUGAACUGCUGGGCCGAUGAAUGUGACCACAGCGUUGUCCAAAUUGCCAAGUUCCACGAUCCAUCCAUAUCGACCGAAAAAGAGGCCCUAAAUGUCCUGAAAAAUCUUACCGUCCAAGAACUCUAUGAGCUGCAGGUGAUUUUCUGCAAGAGUAUUGCGCACGGCGCCCAACGGCCAAUUGGGUUGGUCAUUGAGCCACAGGCGAAAAAAAACGCAUUUUUGAAUAAGAGGCCCAUCGACAUUAUCACUACAGGGGAGUAUAACAAAGUGCCGAUGAUCUUCGGCUACAACAACAAAGAGGGAAUCCUGUUCAACUACAGACGCCAUCUAACUGGUGGGGUUGAGAAAGUGUUGCCGGAAUACUUCAUUCCCCAUAACGUGAAUCUGAGGUCCAAUUCGACCCUGCGCUGGACCUACGUAGAGAAGCUGCAAAACCUCUACUUAAACGGCCCGGACAAAGACGACAAUGCUGUUAUGAUUAUAUCAGACGCUUGGUUCAUUAGCGGAAUCGUGGGGAGCGUGAAGAACCACUCGCAAACUUCCCCAUAUCCCGUCUACUUGUACAAGCUUUCUCUGGACACCGAGCUGAAUUUCGUGAAAAAAGCCUGCCAGCUAACUGAGAUUGCUGGCUGUUCGCACGGCGAUGACCUCGGUUACUUCUUCAAAACGCCAUUCACGCCCCAAAUUGCGCCAUCCAGCAUCGAAGAUGCGUCUUUAAGGCGGCUUGUUCGGCUUUGGGCCAACUUUGCCAGAUCGGGCAAUCCAACUCCGGAUGCCAGCGAGUUCGGGCUGAGCUGGAAGCCUGCGAUGACGCGUCAAUUGAACACUUUGCAUAUUUCCAAAGAGUUGACGAUCGAGGUUAAUCCGGAAGGAAAACGAAUGGAUUUGUGGCGGCAGCUCUAUCAUCAAAGCAAUGCCACUGCUAAAUAUUUAUAACUUCCAUCCUCCGGUUGCAGUUGAAUGUUGCCUCACAGUUGCUGGCAUAAACGCAUGAAGUUCUCAAUUU